AUGUCUGACAGUGGUAAACCCAGCGGGCGAGGCAGGGGAACCCGCGGUCAUGGCCGUGGCCGUGGCCGUGAUCGCGGAGGUAACAGAUCCGAAAGACAACAUGUAAGUGAGACCCCUCGCAGUAGAAUCGAAGAGACAGAAGAACAGCGUCAGGCACGACAUUCAUACAGCUCAUGGAAGCGAUUGUUUGCCCGACCAGUCGAUAACCCCAGCAUAAUGCGACAGCUCUGGGAAGGCGCACUCAGUAUAUUGGAGGCAGGAGAUCGAGACUGGCGUCAACGACUUCCUCAAGACCUUAAUGACGAAGAUGGCAUUGGACAUCGCCACAUCCUUGCCUUACUCAGCGCCAAUAUUAGUGGCAGAGACUAUGAGACUUUCACCAGCAAUGCUCGCAACUUCCUUCUUACAAUCUCACAUCCAUUCAUCCUGCGCUGUCUCGCCGUUGAUACCCAUGUCGGGCUCAUUUACAACCUCUUUGGAGGAGUCGGUGGAAAGAGGGCUGUUUCCUUUCUUCGACGCCUGAUUGGGGCCAUAUUGUCAACUUCUGCUAUUGGGGCAACCGGGAACUUAACAGAGAACGCAAAAGCAACACUCCUUGCCAUGUCGGUUGCUCUAUUUGAGCUUCUCAGGCGUGAAUCUAGGGUAAGGUUCAACGAUGAGAUCCCUUCGCUUGUCGAAUCCAUACAGACUGCUACAGGAGUCUCCAAAGAUGGGGCUUCUUCAGAUUCGUUGGCGCGCAUCUUCAAUAAGCUAAACGACAUUCGAGCCUUGUUAGCACGCGCUCAAGGUCUUCUCGCUGACACGAGCAUGGAUGGAAACAAUGCAGCUGAUGAGUACAAAAACGCAUCCUCUUACCCGCGCGACCUGAUUGUGCCCUCCGGCCGUUUCGACAAUGACAAGAAAGACAUUGCUGAAAUAAUUCUGUUUCCUACCCGAGAUGAGAUCAUGAGCGACGCAGAAGAAUUUCUUCCCUACACCGACCCUGACCAGCCUCAUUUCCUCGAUGAUCCUGUACAGCGCCACAUCGAUACCUUCUUUAGGUUGCUACGCCACGAUAUCUUUGGUGAGUUGAAGGGAGCUCUGGCAGGGGUAAUGCACACAGUAGCUCAGGAGCCUGCUACGCUAUGGAAUGCAAAGCUGAGCCUAGGGGACAUGCGUGCUUACCAUUACAUCAAUGCUCGAAUCAGUUAUGUCACUUUGGAGGCCAGAAAGGGUCUACAAGCACAGGUUGAGUUUGUUCAACCAGGCGCAGUUCGCAGGAAGACAAGUGCAGAAAAAGAGAAGUGGUGGGAGGAAUCGCGAAGGUUCAACGAAGGAACACUGCUUUCCUUUGUAUGGAUCGAUAAUUCUGUCACUCAGCACAUCUUCCUGACAGUUUCGGGAAAAACCACAGAUCCCGGAAAAGAAUACGGCCUGAGUCGUGGCAAAGACAUGGCGUACAUCACGGCAAGUUUGGCAACACAAGACCGAACCACCGUAAGGAGUCUCAUGCAAGCGCAUACUGGAGCGGCUCGUGGCCUGCUGUUGGAAUUUCCCAACGUGAUACCUGCCACAUUUUCACCCAUUCUAGAGAAUCUGAAGGAGAUGCACCGCUUGAAUCGUCUCCCAUUUCAGCAGUGGAUCGUGCCUCGCAGAAACGAAGGGCUCCCGGGGAAACGGGUGGUGCAUCAAAUCCCCCCGCCUUUGUACACACGCACUCCGGGCUUCAAGUUCUCUUUGUCACCUCUGCUAAAGGAUGCAAACAAGGGUGACCAGUUGCUAAUGGAUCCUACGUCCUCAUGCGAUGACGAAGUGUUACUUAAGAAGCUUGGAACCGCAACUCAUCUCGACCGUGGACAAUGCCAGGCUUUGAUUGUGGCGCUGACUCGUGAAUAUGCAUUCGUUCAAGGCCCUCCUGGAACUGGAAAGAGUUAUCUCGGUCUCCAAAUUAUGAAGGUUCUUUUAGGUCUCAGCAAAAAGGCCAAUUUGGGGCCCAUCAUGAUAGUAUGCUACACCAACCAUGCGUUAGACCAGUUCCUAGAGCACCUACUUGAUAUAGGUGUGACAAAGCUCAUCCGCGUUGGAGCAAUGAGCAAGUCCAAGAGGUUGGAAGGCCACAAUCUCCGCUUUGUGAGUAACCUGGGGACAAAGACCAAGUCAGAAAAGUACAUGGCGGCUAUAAGCUACAACGAGCUCGAGAAGACGCAGAGAGAAGCCAAACCAAUAUUCGCUUCGUUGAACAGCAUGCAAAAGCAACCUGAGUGGCAAAGCUUGAAGAAUCACAUUUCCGAAGACUACCCAAACAUACACAGCCAAUUCCGUCGUAUCGAUGAUCAAGAUUUUGAACUAGCUGGCCGUCAUCCAUUCGAUGUUUGGGCAUCGGACAUCCAGGCAUUUUGCACUCAAAAGUCCGCGACAUUGCUAAAGCAGAUCGUGCAGAAAGCAAACACGAAUGUAUAUUCGCUAACGACUCAGGAGCGAGGCGCUUUAGUCGCGCAUUGGAUUGAGGGAGCUCGAAGCAACAAAAUAGACGAGCUCUAUGAGAUGAUCAAUGAUGCUACAAAAACUCAACAAAAGCUGACAAACGUACAUGAAGAACUGAAUCGACGAGUACUGGAAGAAGCGCAAGUCAUUGGCGUGACGACAACUGGCCUUGCGAAACGAAUUGCUGUCCUCCAGCAGGUAAAGUGCAAGGUUAUCAUCUGCGAAGAAGCUGGAGAGGUCAUGGAGAGCCACAUGAUCUCCGCACUACUCCCCAAUGUCGAACACGUAAUCCAGAUCGGAGACCAUGAGCAGCUUCGACCUUCAGUAAGCAACUUUCGCGAUCUAUCACUCGAAAGUGAGCGAGGAAAGCUCCACCAGCUCGAUAGAAGCCAGUUUGAACGACUCUGUGUUGGUGAACCGGGACGUCCUUUGAUGCCCGUUGCUCAACUCAAUGUUCAGCGCCGAAUGCGUCCACAGAUAUCUUCGUUAGUACGUGAGGCCAUCUACGGGAAACUCCAGGAUCAUCCUUCCACCACCGAUCUACCGGAUGUAGUUGGUAUGCGCCAGAACGUUUUCUGGCUCGACCACAAAAACUUCGAGAACCAGAAGGACGCAAAUACUCAUAUCAACAAUUCCAAAUCGAACUCAUGGGAAGUUGGAAUGGUGCAUGCACUAGUGCGACACAUUGUUCGCCAAGGAGUGUACAAAUCUGAAGACAUCGCGGUGUUGACGCCAUAUACCGGCCAACUUCAGAAGUUACGAGCCACUUUGAGGAGCGAUUUCGAGAUUUGCCUCAGUAACCGUGACCGAGAAGCAUUAGAGAACGACGGCUUUACGGUCGAUGACGUAACUUCUCAAGUACCAGCAACAUCUGGACUUCGAUCAUACCAAGGUAAGCCCUUGGAAAAGAAACAGCUAUCCGAAAUGUUGAGAAUUGCUACUGUCGACAACUUCCAGGGAGAAGAAGCAAAGAUCGUCAUCGUGUCACUCGUACGAAGCAAUGAGGCACAGAAAGUUGGGUUCCUCAAAACGACCAACCGUAUCAAUGUACUCCUCAGUCGUGCCCAACACGGCAUGUAUCUCAUUGGCAACACCGAAACCUACGUUAGCAUUGAAAUGUGGCGGAAAGUUAUCAACAUGCUUAGAGCCUCCGCCUGCGUCGGUAAAAGCCUGGCUCUGUCUUGCCCUCGACACCCCAGAACGCCGAUCGAAGUACAAGAGCCAGAUGACUUUCAGAAAUACAGCCCUGAAGGUGGUUCUCUGCUAGCUUGCAGUCAUCCUUGCCCCGGAACUUGUGGUCAAUGCAACACCAAGGAUACUCGUGACAACAUGGGACCUGCAGUCACAACUGCAAACGCCCAUGCCAUGAUGGAACUGAUUGUGAGUUGUGUCAAAGCCCAUGUGAAGUCCGUUGCAAGCAUACCAAAUGUGCAAAGAAGUGUCAUGAGCCUUGCACGCCAUGUACUGAGCCUUGCGAAUGGUCCUGCGAGCAUCAAAGCGACUGCAAGAUGCCAUGUUCAGCGCCAUGCGAUCGCUUGCCCUGCGAUGAACGUUGCACGAAGCUUCUACCAUGCGGUCAUCAAUGUCCGAGCAUUUGCGGUGAAGAAUGUCCUACUGAAUACUGCCAACAUGAUCAUGAUGUCAAGUUACGCCGAUAUCGAUCUCAAUGAAUCGCCCAUCGUUGUCCUUGGCUGCGGUCACUUCUUCACAACCGAGACUCUGGACGGCCACAUAGGGCUCAAGGAUGUGUACGAGGUCGACAAGAAAACGGGUCGAUUCAUCGGUCUGAUUGAGAAUUCUGCGCUUUCAGCAGCAAUCCCUCAAUGUCCAAACUGCAGAGAACUAAUCAAACAGUUCGUGACACAGCGCUACAACCGCCUUAUCAACCGAGCUAUCAUUGACGAGAUGUCCAAACGCUUUAUCGUCAGCGGACAACAGACGUUUCAGCUACUAGCAGACAGGCUAACUGUUGAACGGGCUAAUCUCGAAACCUCACGCACUGCUGUUAUUGGCACAUCUCCUGAUCUGAACACCAAUCAGGUUGUUUACGAAAUGAAGAUGCGGGAAAUCAACAAAAGCCUUCAAAACAGGUAUGCAAGCGCGGCGAGUUUAAUGGAAGCCGUCAUAUUGUUCCGCCGUAAAGUGGAUGUUCAGCACCAACCAACGUACAAACUGUACCAAGCAAUUAUGCACAGCUACAAGAAGAAUGCCUCCCUCGACGCCACACUUGCCCAGCUAUCUCUCGGCCCAUCUUCCAAGUAUUUGGAGAACGACCGAGACCAGCGCGUCACUUUAGGUGGCCGCCUACUCGAUAUCAAAGUGCAAUGUUUGAUACUUGAGGAUAAGUUCGAAAUCGCACGAGUGGUACCCAAAAAGAUAGAUGGAGCAGCACCACUCAACUUUAGUGGGGGCUCCCCCGCAAAGAAGAUCCAUUCCUUCCUCGAGGCAUGCGAGAAACUGAUCAGCGACUGCAUUUCAGGAUGCCUCCCCAAGCUUGCUGUCGAGUCAUCUUUGUAUCACGCUCGUAUUGCACAAAUGUUCGGCAGCUCUGGAAUGGCCAAGGACACCGAUCGCACUCGAGCAAUCGACUACCGCAACACUGCCAAACGCCUUUUAAAGCAAGCAGAAUCGCUCUGUCAGCAUUCCUUCCGUGACCGAGACCUCCUCAGAAAAGCCGUGCUCAGCUCAGCGGAGAUGCUGGAUAGAGAAUUCUACGAGGAAGUUUCAAAGGACGAAAUCGAAGCUAUCAAACAGGCAAUGGUCAGUGGGCCGGGAGGUAUCGCAACGCAUUCUGGACAUUGGUACAACUGUGUCAAUGGACACCCAUUUGCUAUUGGCGAGUGCGGCAUGCCCAUGGAACUCGCACGCUGUCCGGAAUGCGGCGAGCCUGUCGGCGGCCAGCACCACACUGCCGUAAGGGGAGUUUCGCGCGCCGCGGAGAUGGAGUAA